AUGAUAUACCUUAGGGUAAUUAGACCGUUGCAAUAUAGUCUAUUAAGAAGCAAUAGGGGAUUAUAUACGCAGAGUGUGUUUAAUGCUCCAUAUCCAAGUUGUACUAUAAAAUUAGCAUAUAAGAACUUAAUUUUGCCUCAGAUACGGCAUUACAGUAAACCAAAUCAUAAAAAUAACGAAAAGAACGUAUCAGAUGAAUAUAAAGAGCACAUUGAAAGUAGUAAAACAAAAAGAAAUGGAUUUCCGAGUGAAUCAAAGCCAGCUCCAGCAAAGACUGACCUACAACAAAAGUUCAAUAAAGAUAAAACUACGCAUCAACUGGUACCAGUUACUAGAGAACAAUUGUUAUCUAAGGCGAACAAUUUUUUUUCAAGAAUGAAGAUACGUCUAAAAUGGAUACUAAAAAAAUCGAAUAGGCCGUUUAACACUGAUGACUAUUCUGCAGUUUUUUCAUGGUUGGUUAUGGGGAAUGUGUUAUUAUUCUUUUUGGCUACAACUACAUUUUUUUCGUUAGUUAUAUUCACUUUCAACACGGUAUUUGCUCAGGAAUUUGUGGCCCGGAAGAUGGGUGAGUUUAUUACGAAGAAUUCCAACUUAACUGUUACAUUCGAAAGUGCAGUCGUUCCUGGAUGGUCUGAUGGUAGAAUUAGUUUCAGGAAAUGUUUCGUGAGUAGAAGACCUAAAUUGUCGACCAAGUUCACGAAAGGUUCACAGGCCGAAGCUUAUGCUGCAAGUGUCCAAGGUUCGAACGACACAACUGAAAACGAAGUAUAUGACGACGGUAACUAUACCCAAUUCGACUUAACAAUAGAAGAAGUAAAUCUAUCGUUGUCAUUCAAUAAAUGGGUCAAUGGUACCGGAAUGGUUGAAAACUUAGAAAUAAAAGGAUUAAGAGGAGUUGUUGAUCGUGGACACGUUCAUUGGGAUCCAGACGAUGACGCUACCAACUACAAAAACGUCUAUCAACCGGGUGAUUUCGAAAUAAAUGACUUUAAGAUGGAAGACGUGCUUUUCAAGUUAAUACAACCUAGCGAUUUUAGGCACUUUGACGUCGCAAUAUAUAAUUGCGAGUUAUCUAAGUUGAGAAAGCAUUGGCUUUUCUAUGAUUUUUUGAAUGCUAAUAUUAUGAGUGGAUCUUAUGAUAAUGCAUUAUUUACGGUGCAUAAAAAGCAGAGAUUGGACGACUUUAAUAGAGAUUACUCUAUGGGGGAGAUGUCAGACACCUGGAAGCGUAUUACAAGGCUCAGGGUGGAUUCUUUGGAAAUUGAUCAUUUAAAUACUGGAUUGGAAGGUCCGUUUGGUUGGAUUACCAGUGGAAAAGUUGAUAUGAUUGGUGAUGUUAUGGUUCCUCAAGAGAAUAAAGACUUGAAUAUGAGCGAAUUAGUAACCAUUAUUGCAGAGUCAAUAAAGAAAGAGGCAAACAGAUAUCGUAAUCCAGAAGUUCCUAUGAAGAGUCUGCACCCAGAUCAUCAUAUGAGAUUGGCCAGUAGCGAUUACAAUGAUAUCCUGAAAUACUUCGUAUUGGAUUUGACAAUCAGAUUGAAUAAUGUCAGAGCAACGGUACCUUUUCAAACCCCCGAGUUGUCUUACAUAAAUUACGCCUUGAUUAGACCUAUUGUUGCGUAUAUAAACUCCAAAAAUACGUUCAUUGAAGUCAAGAGUAGAAUUGUGAAAAAUAUUGCCGACUUCAGUGGGUCUUGGACCGUCUACGAUUCACUAUUAAUGGAUGAUAUUUCAGAAGAAGUCUACGAUAGCUUUGUUGAUUAUGUUGCAGACGAAGAAGCAAGAGUGGCCAGAAUGAAGAAGGUUGGUUUUUGGUCUAUUCAAUUGCUUUUUCAAGUUAUAGUGUUUGGCUUGGGUGCUCUUACCUGA